UUUAUUAAUUUGUGUAUAAAUCCUUUUCCAUCCUCGUAAUCUCACCAGCUCCCCGGGCAGAUCGCAUACGGGGAGUUGCCUGCCAUUGAUUUUUUGUGAGGUUCAGUUUCGUAUCGAAGUCUUGGAAUUUAUUCUAUAGUUUUGCUCGUAUUAUCUUGAGGGGCGGGCGAUUCGAGGGUUUCAGCUUCGUGCGGUGAUGCUUAAUUGAUCGUAUUAGCUUUGAGAUCUCCUCUUACGGUUUGAGUUCGAGGAGAUGUCAGGACCACUUGAUCGAUUUGCGAGGCCUUGCUUUGAAGGGUCCUCAGGUAAUGAUGAGAGAAGAGAAAGGAAAUUUGAUUUUGAAAAUUCAGAGGAUGAAAGGAGGACGAGAAUUGGGUCUCUGAAGAAGAAGGCUAUUAAUGCUUCUACAAAGUUUAGGCAUUCUCUUAAGAAAAAGGGCAGAAGGAAAAGUGAUAGCCGGGUUAUUUCUAUUGAAGAUGUUCGUGAUGUUGAGGAGCUACAGGCUGUUGAUGCAUUUCGGCAAGCAUUGAUUUUGGAUGAAUUGCUGCCUGCAAGGCAUGAUGAUUAUCAUAUGAUGUUAAGAUUUCUGAAGGCAAGAAAGUUUGAUAUUGAGAAAGCAAAGCAAAUGUGGGCCGAAAUGAUUCAAUGGAGGAAGGACUUUGGUACUGAUACUAUUUUGGAGGAUUUUGAAUUCAAAGAGUUGGAUGAAGUUCUACAGUACUAUCCUCAUGGUUAUCAUGGUGUGGAUAAAGAGGGAAGACCUGUUUACAUUGAAAGACUGGGAAAGGUUGAUCCAAACAAACUCAUGCAAGUAACAACAAUGGAUAGGUAUGUCAGAUACCAUGUGCAGGAGUUUGAGAGGAGCUUUGCAGUCAAGUUUCCAGCUUGCUCAAUUGCUGCAAAAAGGCAUAUUGAUUCAAGCACAACAGUUCUGGAUGUCCAAGGCGUGGGUUUGAAAAACUUCAGCAAGGUUGCACGGGAGCUCAUUGUGCGGCUACAGAAGAUUGAUGGUGACAAUUACCCAGAGACACUCUGCCGUAUGUUUAUCAUCAAUGCUGGUCCUGGCUUUAGGCUUCUCUGGAACACUGUGAAGACUUUCCUUGACCCCAAGACAUCUUCGAAGAUUCAUGUUAUUGGGAACAAGUACCAGUCCAAGUUGCUUGAAAUAAUUGAUGCCAGUGAGUUGCCAGAUUUUCUGGGUGGUACAUGUACCUGUGUGGAUCAAGGGGGUUGCUUAAGGUCUGACAAGGGGCCAUGGAAAGACCCAAACAUAUUGAAGAUGGUUCUUAAUGGCGAAGCACGAUGUUCUAGACAAAUUGUUAAAGUUUCCAACAGUGAGGGAAAGAUUAUUGCUUAUGCUAAGCCACAGUACCCAACAUUAAGAGGUGGUGACACAUCAACUGCCGAGUCAGGCUCUGAAGCUGAAGAUAUUACUUCCCCUAAAUCAAUGAAUUACUCACAUCUUCGUUUGACUCCUGUUCGUGAAGAAGCCAAAGUGGCUGGGAAGGCAAGCUUCGCUGGUAGGUGUUCAGAGUAUGAUGAAUAUGUUCCAAUGGUUGACAAAGCUGUCGAUGCUGGAUGGAAUAAACAAGUGUCCCUUCAGAGGGCCUAUUCUUCCAAAGGGGCUCUUUCUUUGCCUGACACUAAGAAGACUCCAGAAGGAAUUUGUGCACGCAUAUUUGCCAUUCUUAUGGCUUUUUUCAUGACACUCUUUGCUUUCUUCCGUUCUGUAACUUGUCAUGUGACCAAGAAGCUUCCGGAAGUAUCUCAUCAUGACAACAAUGUUCCUGCUCUCGCACUCGCUUCAGUGCCCGAUAAAGAGUGCUGUCCCCCUUCACCGAAUCCAGGAUUUACCGAGGCAGACCUCUCAUCUGUACUGAAAAGGCUUGGUGAACUGGAGGAGAAGGUAGACACACUUCAAGCAAAGCCAUCUGAAAUGCCAUAUGAGAAAGAGGAGUUAUUGAAUGCUGCUGUUUGCCGUGUGGAUGCGCUGGAAGCAGAGCUAAUUGCUACUAAGAAGGCUCUGCAUGAAGCUCUAAUGAAGCAAGAAGAAUUGCUUGCGUACAUAGACAGUCAGGAAGAGGCAAAGUUCCGGAAAAAGAAAUUUUGCUUGUGGUGAAGAGAAUUGGAGAAUUUCUGGCGGUUCAUCUGUUCGGUUGUCAUUUAUACAGAUCUUUGAGGUGCAAAUAGUUCUUCAGAAAGGGUUGACUGACUUGAACAAUGUGGGUUUCUAUAUAACCGAGGAAUACAGAAAACUGCUGGAAUAAAGUUUUUUAUUUUUAUUUUUUGUCUUCUUCAGAUGCUAAUAUAUUUGUUUAUUUUAUUUAUUUAUCUUUCAGCAAUGUGAUAUUGUUGCGUUUGAGUUUUGAUACCUUAAGAGUGAAAUGUAAAAAAGGACUCCAUUUGUUUGGUUGGACUCAAAA